AUGGCGUCCAUUACACGACUCCCCUCCUUCGACUCUCUGACCAUAGACCUCGAGGGCCCGCGAGGCAAUGCCUGGGGUCUGUUCGGCGACGGCAAUGAGUUAGGUAUGCUAAACCUUCUGACACCUGCGGUUGUUGCCCAAGCCGGGAAAGAGAUUCGGGAUGGCGUUCGUAUAUCGUUAGAUUGGGAUUUGAACCAACCGGAAAUUCCCAAUUUCAAUCGACAACCGUUCAGGAGUGAGAUGAUUCACAAACACCCGCGGAGUGUGAACGAUGAUAUUUUGACCUUUAAUACUCAGUGUAGUUCGCAGUGGGAUGGAUUUAGACAUUUUGGAAAUCAAAAGUUGAAACUUUAUUUCAAUGGGAAUACGCAAGAGGACCUGCAGCGUUCGACCGUGCUGGGAAUUGAUGCAAGUGCCAGAGCAGAAUUUCACGGAUCUCAGGGAAUUCAUCUCGAAAAGUCUUUUCCAAUACUAAAGAAUUCAAUAUCUCUUUCAGCGUGGUCAAAGGCAGGCGGUAUUGCCGGCAGGGGCGUUCUGUUGGAUUGGGCGUCCUGGGCCGAACGCAAGAAGAUACCCUACAGCAACUUCGAAUCCAGCCAUAUCCCCCUCUCUGGUCUCCAAACCAUCGCCGCAGAAACGGACAUUUCUUUCGGCCCUGGGGAUAUCCUCUUUGUUCGUAGCGGGUAUACCCAGUCUUACAAUGGCCUAUCCUCAUCCGAACGCCUAGCAAUCUCGCAACGUUCCAGCCCGGAUUUUCUAGGCGUGCAGGCGGGGGAGGAAACCUUGCGGUGGCUGUAG